AUGAUCUCCAUCUCACUCCUCCUUGCGACCGUCGCGGCCGUCUCGGCGCAGCAGGUCGGCACGCAGCAGGUCGAAACCCACCCCAAGUUGACUUGGCAGAGGUGCACCUUGUCCAGCUGCACCUCCGUCAACGGCGAGGUCGUCAUCGACGCCAACUGGCGCUGGCUCCACGAGACCUCGGGCACCGCCAAUUGCUACGACGGCAACAAGUGGACAGGCAAGUGCACCACCGCCACCGACUGCGCGUCCAAAUGCGCCUUCGAAGGCGCCGAUUACUCCGGCACCUACGGUGCUACCACCUCGGGCAACGCCCUCAGCCUCAAGUUCGUCACCCAGCACGCCUACGGCAAGAAUAUAGGAUCCCGUCUCUACCUCAUGAACAGCGUCUCCAAGUAUGAAAUGUUCACGUUGACAGGCAACGAGCUGGCAUUCGACGUCGACCUGUCCCAGCUUGACUGCGGUCUCAAUGGUGCCUUGUACUUUGUCCAGAUGGACGAGGACGGCGGUAUGGCCAAGUACCCCACCAACAAGGCGGGUGCCAAAUACGGUACCGGAUACUGCGAUGCUCAGUGUGCCCGCGACCUCAAGUUCGUCGGCGGAAAGGCCAACGUUGAGGGCUGGGUAUCGUCAUCCAAUGAUGCCAAUUCGGGUGUCGGCCCGUACGGUGCUUGCUGCGCCGAGAUGGACGUUUGGGAAUCCAAUGCCCAUGCUUUCGCCGUGACCCCUCACCCGUGCCAGAACAACGCGUACCACGUCUGUGAGAAGUCGGGCUGCGGUGGAACCUACUCGGACGACCGCUUCGCCGGCGACUGCGACGCCAACGGCUGCGACUUCAACCCCUACCGUAUGGGCGUCACCAACUUCUACGGCAAGGGCAAGACAGUCGACACCUCCAAGAAGUUCACCGUCGUCACCCAGUUCUCCAGCAACAAAGUGCAGCAAUACUUCGUCCAGAACGGCGCCAAGAUUAACAUGCCCAACUCGACCGUCAGCGGCGUCUCGGGGAACGCCGUGACUCCUGACUUCUGCGCCAACCAGUUCAAGGUCUUUGGCGACCGCGACCGCUUCUCCGAGGUUGGUGGCUGGUCAAAGUUGAACUCGGCCUUUGACGGAAAAUGGGUGCUCGUUAUGUCCCUCUGGGACGACCACUACGCCAACAUGCUCUGGCUCGACUCUACCUACCCUCCCGAGAAGGCCGGCCAGCUUGGAGCCGCUCGCGGCGACUGCCCCACCACUUCCGGCGUCCCGGCCGAUGUUGAGUCUCGUCUAGCUAGCGCUACGGUCACGUACUCCAACAUCCGAUUUGGGCCCAUUGGUUCCACGGUCAAAUAA